ACGCCCUACACCUCGACCCCGCGUCUUCACCAGGAUUUGUCCAUCUAGCGUAUGAGCCAGCAAAGUCAUAAGUCGAGGCUCAAGGACGACAUCUUUGGCAAGACAUUUUCCAUUUUGAACAUGGCGUCAGUCAAUACCAGGUAUCCCCGAGCAACGAUUCGAAAGAUUGCAAAGGGCCACACCAGGAAGAACGUCAGCAGAAAGACAGACCCUCUGAUUUAUCUCGACUACAUUUUAUUCAUUGAGGAGUUGAUGAAAAACGCAACUCGGAAGGCGACGGAGAGUGGUGAGAAACAUAUCGCAGCCAAGGACAUCAGGAAGGUUACCAUGACAACACUACGGCGAUUCAAAGGUUGAACAGUUGCCCUGGCUUUGAUGUUUUGGAUACCAACGGGAGCGACCAGUUCUCGACAUCUGGCUUCCACUCAUGGUCAGGUUAUCCAUGGGAUUGUCUUUCACCGCCCUAUAGACCACCUGACUCCAUACAACGACCUCUACAUACUCCACCGCAAAUUAAGGGUGCGGAGGGAAAGUGAGACCUCGAUUGGGUCUAUUUUUGCUAGAUAUCCCUACAGAGACACUCUUUGAUCCACUUGGUCGGCGCACGAUAUUGGUCAACAUCUCCCAGCUUCCCUUGACGGCUAGAGAAGAGAGAAUGGAGAUGUAAGGUUUGGCUAUAGAUUGGGGUGGUCUGGUCUCCUCGGUGAGAAGUGAGAUUCUCUACAAGUCAUUCGACCCUUCUUCUGGGUUAGGGAGAAGGCGCGACUCUUGCCUGUCGUGCCUGCCUUACAUAAAAAUACACAUAUGGAGUAGAUUUCUAGGGCUGCGCAUGUGGUCUUCCAACUCUGCUCUAUUGAGGG